AAAACGCAACGAGUCGCCUAAAUGGCCAUGCUGCUUGUACACUUAGCGUGGCUCGUCUCACUGGCCGGCUGUAAUCAUGCGAGCUCGAUUGAACAUACAGAGUCGAGCUACAAGGGAUCGUUUUAUGUCUACCCCUAUCAGCAGCGUGUCCGCCUUUCUAGCCUCGACAAUUCCGUGUCAACAACUAUCGGACAACAUGCGGACAACUCGAAAUUGGUCGGCGUAGACUACGACUUCGCUAGCGGAAUGGUGUAUGUGGUCGACGAGGCAGCAGCGACUAUAACUGCGAGUAACAGCACGCACACUCUACUGGUGGUGUCGCGGUUGAACAAGCCCAAAGGAGUGGCAUUCGACUGGCUCAAUUCGACUCUCUACUGGACCGAGGAGAGAGCCAUCCACUAUUGCAGGGUCAAUGCGGAUUUCGUCUGUCAUCCUUCAACUCUGGUCUCUGCCAGUUCCGGCUCUCCACGCGCAAUUGCAGUGGAUCCAUACAGACAAGAGCUAUAUUGGUCAGAAACGGGCGACUCGCCUCGAAUUGUGAGUUUAGCACUAAGAGACGGCGCAUACACGCAGAAAGUCCUGAUGUCGAGACAGCUAAAGAAGCCGACGGCUCUGACGGUUGAGCAUUCGACCGGCCAUGUGUAUUGGGCAGACCCUGAGAUGCCUGCACUUGGCUGCAUCGGGUGUCAAAACAAGCGGCAUAUUUUUGUCCAGUUUGGAAAAAACCUUCGCUAUCAGCCAUUUUCAGUUUCUGUUUUUAAUGGCAAGGUCUACUUCUUCAAUAAGAGAAAACAACUCGACAAGACACAUUCGUUUUACAGUCUACCGACUGCCAAGUGGACACACAUCUAUAAUACUCGAGACUGUAACGAGGGCAAAUGUUCAGUGACAGUGAGCCCCAAGAAGGAGCUCACGUUGUCGUCUGGAAAUAACUAUGUAUUUGACUUUUUGAUUGCCAACGUCACAGUGAAAGUUUCUGUCAAAAACAUUGCUUCCUCUAGUUCACCCCCUGCGACCACCAAAGUAUCCACAACAGAGUCUCCGACUAGUGCAAGUGCAGUCCUUAGUACUGCCAGGUCUUCAUCAUGGUCAUCACCAACACUGUCACUGUCUUCAUCAUCAGUAAUUCCAACAGAGAUGACAGAUAAACUCAAAACUGAGUCUGAGGAUUUUUGGGUGUCUCUCCAUCCUGGCAUCUUGGCUGCAGCUGCUGCGAUAAUCUGCGCUAUGUUGUUGACCAUUGUUCUUGUUGUUGCUACUAUUGUCUGCAGGAAACGAAAGUUCAACAGGGGUAAUACAAACAAAGGCUUCAGUAGCCUGGAUAGGACAUCACCAACUGGUUCAGAAUAUGAACAUCCUGUUGCUGUUGCUCCUGCUGUUGCUCCUCAAUUUCCUAUUGCCGGUGUACAGGCUGAGCCUCCACAGUAUGCAGACAUCAUGUCGAUACCAGGUACUCAUGACCUGGUACCCAUCGACAUAGCUAAUCCAACAUAUACUGGAGAGACAGCACCACCACUGGCUUCUAUCUCAGAACAACAAGCAAGACAGGCAGAGAAGAAAGCAGUGAAUCACACUCAAAAUUUGGUCAUGAAAGAUCCGGCAAAUCUCACUAAUCCAAACUACGAUGCCGUCAUUGAAAUUGACCAAGUGAAUGACAUUAGCAAGGAUAGUCUUCAUGCACCCAUUCCUGCACACCACUACAACAACUUGGUAUGUGCAGGCAACACAUGUCGUGUUGGCCAUAGCAAUACCAGUCUACCACCACCACCACCACCACCACCAAUAUACGAUACACCAGCAGAUCAGUCGCCUCACUCGACGACGACCGUAUCGACAACCACCCAGUCGAGUCAAUCGACUGAAUCGCAAAGUAACAGUGAAUACGAGACUACGUAUCGUCUUCAAAUACCUCAAACCCCUCAAUGUACACAAACAAUUUGACUUUGAUACGUUAAAAUUUGGUAGUUCUUUGUACUUCUACGUAAAAAUAAAGCAUUAACCUUAGACACAGGCAGAGACAAGGCAAACAAACUUAAUGAAAGGCAUCAUUGCAGUGUAAUUACUUGUUUAUACAUAAAGGAUAUUUAUUGAUUAUAGAGAAGCUUAAAUCAAACAUUAGGAGGUUACUAUCACUAUUGCAAACCUGUCAGGCA